CAUCGAGAUCCGGGAGUUGAUAGUACACAACCUCCCCUCCUCAGUGUCGCAAUUCUAGUUCCAUUCUAGAAACAGGAAUAAGUUGAAAAGGCUACGGUGAAAGUACUCCCUCGUGGCUUGUUCCUCUGUCCUCUCUACGCAUAUGUUAGUUGCACUGAUUGACCACCAACAAAGCUCUUGCAAGUCGUGUAACGUGGAGGAGAAAACGUGCAGCAUAUAAAAAAUCCUGCUGCCGUUUGAGCAGUGCUAGCAGCACGGGGAGUAAAUUCACAACGGCAUGCAACAUUUUUUCGGAAGGGGGAAUUGAUGUGGGUGACUAGGGGUGGAUGGAUGGAUGGAUGCGUGACAUGAGGAGGGCAGGCUGGAUUAGUUCUCUCUCCGAUUAAGCAACACGACGAUGGAGAAAGCUGAACGAACCGACGACGACGACCAGUUCCAGCCAGAGACGGGACGAGGGCGACAAACGUUGCUGGUCAGUUCCGUCUCCUCUCCGCUUUUCUACACCGUUUCCGGUCCCGAGAAAGUCGGGUCCAAAAAGUACUACGUGGAACAAUUGGGCUGCCCCUCCAUCAUCAAACCCAGCUUCCGUGAUCUCGGCCCCGGCUGCACAAGGCUGUCAGCAGUCGGCUUUCCAUCCACCUCCUACCGCCAAUUCCCAUUAGAUAAAUUGAAUAAGACAAUAAUGGGGAAGUCGCCUCCAGCCGCCGCAACCACUGCCACCGGUUCAAAACGAUUUUCUGUGAACCGAGGAGACAAAUUCAUGUCUCAUCCGGUAAAGGUGAACGCCAAAAUCCGGCACAUCUACUCCCACAUCACGAGCACGAUGAGCGAGUCGUCAACUAAUUCUCACCAAUCUACAGUCUCCACCCACACCCAAACCGAUCUUCAAACCGCAACCUCCACCGACUUUGAGAACGAGGACGACAACGAUGUACCCCAAAUCCUGUCAGUGGACGAAGAGACGUUUGUGGACGCAGAACUCAUGAGUAGAGAUGCUUUCACCUGCAUGACACCCCCACCCACACCCAACAAUUCAGUGCAACUUUUCCCUGACGAAAUGCUGACACACUCGGUGCCACCCGCGUACGCUGGGAAACUGGCGGAUUUGGAGAAAAUUACAGGCCACAUUGUGAUUCAGCGUUUCUUUACCAGGGCUGAUGAGGCGUUUGGGAUGUGGUUGGAAAAGCAGUUGGGAAUGAAUGUCAAGUCUGUUGGCGUUGGAGAAGAAGUCGUGUAUGACUCCUCGUCUCCUGCCGACGCUGUCCACCCAAACAUGGACAAAUAUGAGACGAGCAGGAUUUCCAGUGCAAAGAAGUUGAGAGAAAGUAGGAUUCUGGAAAAAAUUAUCGAAGUUGAUGAUAUUUUGGCUGGAGAGGAAGUCGUUCAUCACUCGGAAGGUGUACCCUUGUUGGACCUGGCAGAAAGCAAUUUGGAUCCAGAAGUAGCUGAGUGCAGUAUUGAAGACAGCGUGAGGUGCGAAUGUUUCGCAGAUGAGUUCAGCGAAAAAUGUAUAGAGCAAGUAGAAGAAGAAGGCCAUGAACAAGUCAGUCUUAUCUCUGGCAAGACCAUCACCAACAGUAAGGAGUUGACCAAUAUCGAAGAAGAGGAAAUUAUUAGUCAGUGCAUUGCAGUUGAAAUUAUACGUGGCAAAUUGAAGGAUGAGCAAUUAGAGACUGAACUGAGAUUAGGAGGACGACAAGACAGCCUGGAUGACAUCAUAACACAGCACUCAGUUGUGGAUAAUAAUAAUUUCGACAAAAAUGAAAUCUCAAGUACCACAAAUGAUAGACCAUGCAUUCCUGAUGUCAUUGAUGUUUCCCAGUUCUACAACACCAAUAGCAGCAAUUCAGUCCCUCAACAACUUUCACAGUGUGAAACCGAAACGAACGAGGAUUCUGAGGAUUUGAAAACUGUCAUUUCGAACCCAUCCAUGACUGAGAGUCAGUUGGAAUCACAGCAUAAAGUGGCGGAAUAUUUGGGCAAGUUGGAAAUGUCGUCCCCCACCAUCCACGACGCAUCCACUUCUGCCAACUCCAUCAACUCCGAACUUGACAAGGAUGACAACUUGGAUGGGGAGGACCUCACUUCGUCUGAUGUCAUCAAAAGGAGUGUCUCCGUUGACAGCUGCAUUGGAACAGAGUCCAGUGGUGAGAGAACCGCGUUUAAUGAUUCAGGAAUCCUGUUGGACUCGGCCAGGUUGGACAUGGAUAUUCCGGAAGAAAUUGAGGUAAUUUUCGUCGCUGACCACAACAAUGACAAGAUUGCGUCGUCGGAAGGACUAGAGGACGUACACUCUCAAGAAACGGUUCAAGAAACGUUGGAGCCAGAGGAAGUCUCACCAGCUUCGGUUGUUGCAGUGUCUAAACUUACGUCCUCCUCAGCAGUAGUCCUGAGCAACUCUCAAUCUGUGGACGAUAGCACAAACUACUCUCGAUCCGAUGGGAGUUCAGCACUGAAACAUACCAUAAGCGAUGAAGGGGGCGAUGCUGAUCAGUCUGAAUCCAACUCUGACUCUGAGUUCAAUUCUCUCCGAAAACCUUUGGAAGACACUGCCACGGAAUUAGACGAUCCAAUAAGUGCCGUCAUGGUGGAUGAUGAUGAUGAUGAUGGAGAAGGCUCUGCUCAGGAUCUUGAGCUUGAUCAGUUUGACACAAUAAUUGAGAAUCACGAAAAGGAGAAAAGACUCCGUCCAAUUUUCCGGAAGAGAAAUGUGUCCACGCAAACUUCAAAGUCCGUCGAGUCUUCGACAGUGUCCUGCACGACGGAGAGCCGAUCCACCACGGCCACAACCACUGCGUCGUCCGCAUCCUCAUUUGAUCUUGAGUUUAUUUCCAAAACUAAGAAAUAUAUUUCUCACAUUCCUUCGUCAUCAAAACAUCAGCAUGAGCAAUCUUCUGAGACCUAUGCGACGACUGCUGCUGCUGCUGCUUCUGCUGGAGGAGAGGACGUGGAAUUGGGAAGGAAACAUCGAUCCUAUUUGCCAACAGGAUCCAGCGGUCUCAAUAUUCUAAACAUGAGGUUUACCAUGGGUCGAGAAUUUGAGUCCGAGGUGAGCAUUCGCAUCCCCCACCAAAAUCCCCCACCGGCUCCAUCUCGUCUUCCACGUCCUUCAACUACCUUCAAAACCUCCCCAACACCAUCAUUCCCUCCUCCUCCACUUCCAGCAAGGCUUACAAAUCUAGCAAUAAAUUCCACACCACUCAUUCUCAGACCACAUCACAGCUACCAGUCAUUGGGGCAAGUCCACAUCGCAUAGCACGGAAAGGCCAUCUCGUAAUGUGCUCGGGGGUGCGCCACUGAAACUUGUCCCCCUCCAGCAGGAUCCAGAAUUACGUAGUUUAUGGAAAGACGUAAAGUCCAAGAUGGAGAGCCGCGUGCCAGAGACGGCUGAUCAUCUUGAGGUAACCGGAAGUAGAAUCAAGUUGGUGUCCUCCUCGUCUGCAGAAACGACGACGACGACAACAUCCACUGCCCUCCAUCAACAGAUAGCGCAGCAUCGCCCUGCUGGUAGUGAUGGUCACAAGGAUCUUGAAACGAAGCUCCCCGUUUUGAUCAGUGCGAAUGAGCAGGAGAAACUUAAACGUUCUCUCCAACGGUUGAAAAGAAUAUUGGACGACGACUGAGUGGCCAAUUAAAAUUACAAAUAAUGAAUAAUUAUUAUGCCAAUUUCAAUCAAGCAAUAAAUCCAUAAAUUCAUUUUA